GUCUUUGAACUCUCUCUGUCUUUUCUUCUAAAGCUGCUUUCACUCACUCCAAAUCUGCAACAGAAAUGACUGAAACAAGAAAAGAAGAGGAAUCCCAACUCGCUCCAAACAAAGAGCUUGAUGCCGGAGCUCUCUUCGUUCUCAAAUCCAGAGGAUCAUGGAUACACUGUGGGUACCAUCUAACGACGGCGAUUGUGGGUCCGCCGGUCCUGAGUCUACCCUUUACACUAGCGAUGUUGGGCUGGACCGCCGGAGUUUUCUGCGUAACGGUUGGAGCUGUUGUGACCUUCUAUUCCUACAACCUUCUCUCAGUUGUGUUGGAACACUAUGCAGAGCUUGGGCAGCGCCAGCUUCGGUUUAGAGACAUGGCCACUCAGAUUCUAGGAUCAAAGUGGGGCCGGUAUUAUGUGGGCCCACUUCAGUUCACUGUAUGCUAUGCUGCAGUUGCUGUUUGCAUUCUUCUUGGUGGACAGAGCCUUAAGGCAAUUUAUGUACUCUCCACCACAAAUGAGAAGAUGAAGCUUUAUGAAUUUGUAGUAAUUUUCGGAGGCUUCAUGCUGAUUUUGGCUCAAAUCCCAUCUUUCCACUCCUUGAGGCACAUCAAUCUUGUUUCAUUAAUUCUUUAUCUUGCUUAUAGCCUUUGUACAGUUGUUGGUUCAAUCUACAUUGGAAAAUCUAAAAACACAACACACAAGAACUAUUCUGUGAAUGGUCAUGGUGUAAAUCAAAUGUAUGCCAUCUUUAAUGCCAUCUCGAUCACUGCUACUACAUAUGGGAAUGGAAUCCUACCUGAAAUACAGGCAACCAUAGCCCCUCCAGUCAAGGGGAAGAUGUUCAAAGGAUUAUGUGUAUGUUAUGCAGUAAUAGUAACAACUUUCUUCAGUGUUGCUAUCUCGGGGUAUUGGGCAUUUGGCAAUCAAGCUCAAUCAAUUAUUCUCAGCAAUUUCAUUGUUGAUGGAAACCCUUUAGUUCCCAAGUGGUUUAUUUUGAUGUCUAACAUCUUCACUCUUCUGCAAGUAUCAGCCAUAACUGUGGUUUAUUUGCAACCAACAAAUGAGAUUUUUGAGCAGAAAUUUGCAGAUCCAAAGAGCCCUCAAUUUUCAAGCCGCAACAUCAUGCCAAGGUUAGUUUCUAGGUCUUUUUCAGUGGUUGUGGCUACAAUCAUCGCUGCCAUGUUUCCAUUCUUUGGAGACAUUAUGGCCCUCAUUGGAGCAUUUGGGUGCAUUCCAUUAGACUUUGUUUUACCAAUGGUUUUUUAUAAUGUAACAUUUCAACCAUCCAAAAGGGAUCUCAUUUUCUGGAUAAACACAUUCAUCGCUGUCAUCUUCUCUGCCUUGGUGGUGUUGGGAGCAAUUUCAUCUGUUCGGCAAAUAAUUCUUGAUUCCAACACUUAUCACUUGUUUGCUAAUGUGUAAAG